AUGAUUUCACGUGCGAAAGAGAAGCGGCCAUUGGCCAGAUUCGGGGCUACGGUCGCUACAGCGUCCGACUGCUCAGCGGUGCUUGUGAUGGGCGGCAUUGAGGGUCACAUCAUUGGAGGCGUGUGCCUGAACGACGUGUGGCGUUUCGACGUGGACUCUCGUACUUGGGAAUGUUUGCCGGAGCCCUCAUGGCAGCCUCGUCGUGGAUCUCUGCCUGUGGUUAUUGGCGGCGCGGAAGGAACUAGAGGUUGUGUGGUGCUGGUCGGUGGCACCGGCAUAGAUGCUAAACCGCUCCGCGAAGUUUGGAAAGCUGAUGCGCCAAGGUUUCGACCGGUGUCGUGGAGCCAGACAACACAUGAAGCUGCAUGGCCAGAUGCGGCCUAUGCGAUGUGGGUUCCAGAUGGCACUGGCGAAGGCUCUCUCCUGGUGUUUGACUCCCUGGGUGCGCUGUGGCGCAGCAGUGAUUGGGGCCGGUCCUGGCAGAGACUAGUUGAUAAGUUGCCCUUUGGCUGGCCAUUGGAGCAAGUAUCCAUUGUGCGAUACUGCAAUGAUGCCCUCGUGGCAGUGACGAUGUCCACCAGAGUGUGGAUUUCCCAGGAUGGUGGCGUGUCCUGGACACGAGCAGAUGGUAAUCGGGAUCCUCAUCACGUUGCCCGUUCUGACCAAGUUGCAGCUGGCGUGGGGCCGCCAGGUCUGCGCUGCCAAAUCAUCGAUGUCUGCGAUGCUGAUGCCGCGGACAUGCUUGUGAUUGCUAGGAAUCGAGAGACGUGCCAGCUGACACUCUGGCGCCUCUGCAUACAGGUGACCAGUUCGCUGCAGAAACUGCAUGCCUCCUGGCGCUGCCUGGUACCACACAUUCACAUCUAUCCAGGCUUCUCGUCUGUGAACCAACUAGUGAGUGCUAGCCGGGCUGCUGUGCACUCGUGCGAUGGUUUGGAAAUGCGUGCAGUGUUUGUGGAGUUCAACCCUAUAAAUGAGUUCACGAUUUGGCGUGCAAGCCCUGUGGGCGUUGAUCGCCACAGAGCCAUGCUGGAUCGACUGGGGAGCGCCCAGACAAAAGUGGAUCACUGGACGUGGCAGAAGCACAUCAUUGGAGCCUUGUUGCCCUCAAUGGGCAAGGAUUGGGUGCCUCGCGAUUUGGCAGUGUCCGUGCCCACUGAUGGCCUACCUUACCAAGAGGAGAAUGAGUGGACUUACUGGCACUGA